GCAUUCACAUACCCAUGCAAUAAUUAUAUAAAGAGUUCAUUGCGUGUCGUCAGUUUCACAAUUUUUGUGUUCUUCUGGAAUAAAUGUUAAAAAUCAUGAACAAUUCACAAGCAUCGACAUUAAUUUUUUUAUAUCUUGUAUUUUUAAGCCAGUUAGUAGCAGAGCCUUUAGUGAAAAUAUCUCAAGGGCUCCUUCAAGGAACAACAUUUGUAACAAGGAAUGGCAAAAAUAUUACAGCAUUUCUUGGUGUUCCAUUUGCAGAGCCACCUGUUGGAGAACUCAGGUUCAGAAGUCCUGUGCCUGAAAAACCUUGGAAUGGAGUACGUUUAGCUAAUAAGGAUGCAAAUGUCUGUCCUCAGGAAUCAAAUGGAAAAAUCAAAGGCGAUGAAAACUGUUUGUAUUUGAAUGUUUACACACCCCUACGAGAAUUCAAUAUAUCAGUAGUGAACAGCGAUUCUGACAGAUCCUUGCUACCAGUAAUGGUAUGGAUUCAUGGGGGAGGUUUUUAUGAAGGGAGUAGUAGAACCACUUCUUAUCAUCCAUCAUACAUUCUGGACAAAGAUAUUCUCCUUGUCGUUUUGAAUUAUCGACUAGGAAUUUUUGGAUUUCUCUCAACAGGCGAUUCUGUAGCUCCAGGAAAUUUUGGAUUGAAGGAUCAAGUCCUAGCCCUUAAAUGGGUCCAGAAAAACAUUAAAUUUUUUGGAGGAAAUCCAAACAGAGUCACAAUCAUGGGCGAAAGUGCUGGCGGGGCUUCAGUCCAUUUUCAUGUACUUUCGAAUGCAUCGAAUGGUCUUUUUCAACAAUAUGUAAUUCAAAGUGGAAGUGCAUUAGCUCCUUGGGCCUAUCGAAAGAGAACCCCCUUUACACCUUUCCUAAAUAAUGUUGCUGAAAAAGUUGGCUGUCCAAUCAGCAGCUCUGAAGAUUUCAUAAAUUGCUUACGAAAAACAAGCGCUGAUAAAUUAAUGAACGUACUCGAAUUUUCGAAGGACAACUUCCCCAUAUUGGAUUGGGCACCAACAGACGAAUUAGAAUCUGAUGAAGCAUUUUUGACAGACAGUCCUAAAAACUUAAUAGCGCAAAAUAGAAUGAAAGAUCACCCAUUUAUAAGUGGUACUGUUGCAGAUGAAGGACUUUUAGUAACUUUCAGGCAUUAUAUAAAUAAGACAUCUUGUCCAAUUAACCAUCUUGUGGAAAGAGUUAUUAAUAAUACUUCCAACCACUACGGAAAGUCUGACGAUACACCAAAGUUUAUAAAAAAAGUGCAAGAACAAUAUUUUAAUGAAUCAAUUGAUUCUCUUCCCAAAGAGAAGAUUCUUCAUAAUUACACGACCUUCGUAGGAGACAGUGGAUUUUAUUAUCCACAAUUGAUUUUAAUAGAAAAGAUGGAAAAAUUUUCAAAAAGUCCUUUUUACUUCUACUCCUUUGGCUACUUGAGCUUAAAUAUGAGUAAAAUUUUUUCAAAGUUUGAUAUAAAAGAUCCUCUUGGGGUGGCUCAUGCUGAAGAUCUCUCCUAUCUUUUUCCCAAAGAAAACUUAAAAGAAAUAUCGAAAAAUGAUGAGAAAAUCCUGAAGUUAAUGAUAGAUUUAUGGACGUCAUUCGCAAUAAAUGGAAAACCAACUUCUGAUCAGUUGGAUGACCCGAAUCUCUGGCUGCCUUAUGCAAAAAACAGAAGCUUCCUUCAAAUUGGAAACAUGUUAAAUAAUACUGAUCCAGCUGUAACACUUGAACAAAAUUACUUUACGCCUCGAAUGGAAUUUUGGAAAAAACAAUUUCCUGUGCUAUAGAAACUAUAACUAUCAAAAUGAAGAUGUUUUUUGGUUUUGGCCUUUGGUCGUAAAAUGGAAAGUUUUUGAAAUGAAGAAGUCCUUAUUUCUUAACGGAAACGUCGAUGCAUUUUACUAUGAAAUCAUCUUCUCAUCAGGACGAUAACGAAUAUGGAAGAGUCACAUUCAAACAGAUGUGACGUCACCAAGGUAUACAACUGAGCACCAAUGAGACCACUUUAGCCGCCAUGUUACUUUUCAAAAUGUUGACCAAUCAGGUUUCACGGCUGCCGCGGCUUUCUACUUGACAGCGAAUUCCCAAAAGAAGAAAUAUUAGUAGGUAACAAUUCUUUUGGAGCUGAAUGUUAUACUAGGGAGGAUAAAGAUUCUAAUAAAAUUUGUAUUCCUUCAUCGUAAAACACAAAAA